AUGUCUACCAUUCUCCAACAGACCCUCACAAUCCCCGACGAGAUGAUCCCAUACCUCUCAGACCAGCUCAACUUGGACGACAUCAUCUGCUGCCCCGUGAUUGUACGCAAGGACUCCCACCAUCUUCACUUCCACACUCCACGGAUUUCCAAGUACCAGGAGAGCCGUGUCAUCGUGCUCGUACAACACAUCCAGUCACUGGUGAUCCUCAGCCUCGCCGUAUCAUAUGGGUACUUUGUCGGUGACACAAGUUCCUGGUGGGCACAAGUGGUUUGGAACGUGGUCAGCGGAGUCAAGAUCCUGCGGAAACCAGAUAAUGAGGACUAUCUUCCAGGCAAGCUACACUGUUUGUCAUUCGAGUACCGAUAA